AUGAAUCUGAAAAUUACAGGUACAUUUUUAUGUAAAUGCACACCAUCAGGAAAGACCCAAGGAGUAGGCAGAGUGGAUGAGUGCUUAGGCUCCUUGGAUCUGACAGGCCCUCUUCUUCUCGGGAAGCACGUGCAGCUACCAGUUAAAUUCCCAGUCCUCUACAAACAUUUUCCUGGCUGCAUCAGAAACGUUACAUCGAUCACAAGUUCUUGGACCUCAGUCAGCCAUUGUACAACAACGGAACCAGUGCUAAAUGUAAAGCAAUGGGCAACACGUGCGCAUAUAAACCUUGCGAGCGAGGCACGUGUUUUAACAUACUUGGUUCUCGCCGGUGUGACUGCCCCACUGGGUUUGAUGGAAGUCGCUGUGAAACAGGCAAAGCACUAUCGAAAGAUUGUAAGCUGCACAUUCUCGGGUGCCCCUGUGUUUAGUGAUGACUGUAUUAGAUGUGACUGUGAAGAGAUUGGUAGUAUUGGUGAUCAUUGUGCUACAGAGAAUGGCCAGUGCCCUUGUCUUAAAGGCCGAAGGGGAGGGAAGAAUAUGGUCGGAAGGUGUUGUAAUCAGUGCGGAGACAAACAGGGUCAGAUUUUAUUAACACAUCAUGUCCAAGAGCAUUUGCUGAGGAAACAUGUUGGAAGAAAGCCGCGUUUGGGACAACAGCAAAAGAAAAAUGCCCAUUCGGAUCAUCGGUUAAAAAAUUUGACGUCUGGAAACGUCGACUGGAAGCCAGAUUUCGCCCUUGGUAUAUAUAUAGGACAGCAGUUAGAUCUUGCCAUCACGUUAUCCCCUCAACUGUACGCCAGAGACAUAGAAAUCGCACUGACGAUUAUCACCACUCUGUUUGGAUACGAGAGUCAACAAAACUCCAGCACGCUUGUUUCAGCUAAGACCAAGGAGUUUGCGAAGCAAUCCGCAGGGACAGCGGCUCUGUUAAAACAGAUGGAAAACUUCAGCGGAAACUUAGCCAGAAGUCUACGGUACUUAAAACGAGACUCGCGCAGAUACAGGCGCUCUACCGAAAGCAUUUUGCCACCGUACACGAUUAUUACUCCCAAUAUUGUUAUGGAACUUCAUCCAGUGUAUGUCAAAGGAUUCUCUGGAUUAUCGUACCCCGCGAGAAGAGACCUUUACAGCGACUCUCCUUAUAAAAUUUGGCGUAAUAUCUCCAAUAGAAUUUACCUUCCUAAACCUUUCUUUCAUGGAAAAGAUGUGGAAGACAACAUAGGAGUUGGCUUCAUGAUCAUCAGAAAUAUCGGAGAUUUAUUACCCAAAGCGUUUGACGCGAAGACGCGUGACUCGAAGUACAACGUUGAAGUCAGCUCUGAUGUCGUCUCUGUCAAGUUACCUCAGAUGGAAAUGGCUCCUUUAACAUAUCCUGUCCGCAUUGCCUUUGCCAACAGACUUGUGAAUCGAUCGUCUUACAUUUGUGUGCACUGGAAUUAUUCAGUACCAGACACGCGUGGUGGUGGUUGGUCACGUUACGGGUGUAAAUCAGUGAAGUCCAAUAGAACUCACACAGUGUGCUCUUGCACUCACCUAACGGCUUUUGCAGUCCUGUCAGACUUAAAUCUUCAGACUGGCAUUAUCAUUGUUGACGAAUGUAAACUAGCCGUGGCAGUGAAUUUUGGGACCAAAGCAACCUCCUUCUCAUGUGCCGCAGCACGGCAGCUUCAAAUUAAAGAUGAAUCUAAAAAUUAA